AUGAAUGAAGAUAAUGAAUUGAGUGAAGAGUCAGUGCAGGAAAGGGAACCUGAUGAUUCGACGCCCAUUCCCGCUUUUUCGCUGAGGGACAUGGGCUACCGUGAACCAAAAGAGGGAAUUGACCAGAAAUUGUGUUCCAGAAAUGAGUACAAAGAGCACAUAAUUCGUGGCAUGAAUCGGAUAAUUAGCCAGCAACAGAAAACGGACAUCGCGGUCUAUGUUCGGGGAUACAAAUUCGUCUGCCACCUUUGCGUGCUUAAGACCUGCACGGAAUUUGCUAAGAAUCUGCACUUUCCUAAUAGUUUGAUUAUAGCUCAUGAGGAUGUCACACCCACGGGUUUCCAGCUGGCCUACGAAUGGAUGAUCCACAAGGAUUCUACGCUAAAACGCAAAGAUAUUGUCGAGCUGUACUUGGCAGCGGAGUACAUGAAUGUGCCGGAUCUGUUGGAUCAUGUGUGGCAUCUUUUCAACGAGAAGAAACUUGUCAAUGAUGCCAUGGCCUUCCAGAUUUACCUGGAGUGCCUGCCCCACAGGAGGAGCAUGUUGCAGGACUUGAUGCUGCGCCGCGUGCAUCGCUUUUUCCUCAUGGCAGUCACCACAGAGGAGUACCUGCAGCUGGAGCUUAAAAAUGUCUCCGAAAUGCUGAGCCACAGCAACAUGUGUGUCAACUCUGAGCUGGAGAUCUACUACAGUGCCGUGCGAUGGCUUCAUCACGAUUGGCCACAGCGCAAGACGCAUGCCCCGCGGAUCAUGGGAGUGGUCCACUUGCACCUACUGCCCUUUCAGUGCAUCAAUUCGAUCAGAGAGGAGCUGCCGGAGCUGCACAACAUUCCCGAAGUUCAGAGACUGAUCAAUGACGCACUUGCUAGAGAAAAAACCCGGCGGGCAGCGAGUCUGCGUCAAUGGGUUUACGAUAGUCAAAUCCCCCACCAUCACAGCUGCGUCUGUCCCAAGUGGCGGUGCCUUGACCUGGCGGGGUUCGACCAAUAUUUGGAGCUAAUCAUAGCCGCUGGACCGAACUAUUCCCAGUCUCUAAGGUACUUGCGAGGCGGCUACACGAUGCCCUGCUGUCGAAGUGCAUUGCUAAGAAAAUCUUGA